AUGCCCCCCCCCCCUCCAGCCUCGCGGCAGCUCAUCGGCUCAGGCAGCGCCUUCGAGGCCGAGAUCGGCUACUCCAGGGCCGUUGUCGACGGCGACUUUGUGUUCGUGUCGGGAUGCACAGGAACACCGCCACCAACCAGCCAAAAUCCUCAAAAGCGUCACGGGGCCCUGACACUGAGCGCCACACACACAAACAGCUACGACUACAAGACGGGGGCCAUCUCGGCCGACGUGGCGGAGCAGGCGGAGCAGUGCAUGGCGAACAUCGCGUCCGCGCUGGCCGAGGCCGGGGCGGGCGUUGCAACCUCGUGA